CGUGUGAUAUGGCCUUAUACACAUGGCCAGCCAGGCGCAGUGGUAGAUUUAGAGAUGGUGACUCUGACAGAACGACCAAACGUCCAAUCAUCACCCCAUUGAUAGAAAUAUGGCGCACCCAGCAUGCCUCCGUGAUGUCGGUCGGACCAGUGAUCGACACGUGAGAUAGCGCUGCGUCAUAGGCCUGCGAAAACAGAUAUAAACACAAUGCAUGAUUGGCGUUUGAUUGACCACGAUACAACUCGGUCGUCGCAACAAUGAAUCGUAUCAGCGGUCUUCGGAGGUCGCCCUGGCUGCAGCAGGGGAGUUUGAGGUCACUCCAUUCGACAACAAGACGUCAAGCAGCCAACAAUGGGCUCAAGAAGAAAGAAGUCACAGAUGGUGAAGUUGCGCGGCUGGCAGGUAGACCCUUGCAUCCUUUGACCUUAGCAGAUCUGGCCAAGUCCGGACGACCUCCUCUCACAACAGACCAAUUGCUCGACUCGGCCAACUUCACCCUUUCCAUCCUCCCAUCUCGACUUGCCCACCGCAUCCAGUCCCUCCGCAACCUGCCGUAUAUCGUAGUCUCCAAUCCGAACGUUUCCAAGAUCCACAACAACUACGUCCACUCAUUGUCGACCCUCUUGCCAUAUGCCUCAAAGGAGAUCAAGACACUGGAGGAAGAGAUACAAUUCACAAGUGUUAUGGCCGACCUGGUCCAAACACACUCAAACACCAUCUCCAUCCUUGCACGCGGCUUUCUCGAAGCUCGCAAGUACAUCAGCCCCAACGAGGUCACCAAAUUCCUGGACGAACAUCUUCGAGCUAGGAUUGGCACCCGACUGAUUGCCGAGCAGCACAUUGCUCUGCACUUUUCCUCUCAACCACACCUCGAUCUAUCAGACCAUGGCUCACAUGUUGAUUCGUCUUACAUCGGUGUCAUCGAUACAAAGUUGAGGCCUGUCGACAUCAUCAGACACUGUGAAGGCCUGGUUGGAGAUAUCUGUGAGUACAAAUACGGCGUGCGACCUAGCGUCGUUAUACGUGGCGAGUCAGAGACAACUCUCGCCCACAUACCUAUGCAUCUAGAGUACAUCAUCACCGAGCUGUUGAAGAACGCUUUCCGCGCAACUAUUGAAAAGGGCAACGAGCGGCAUGCCGUCGAAGUGACAAUUGCUCCCGCUCCAGAGGAUACGGACGGAAAAUCAGAUGCCAUCACCAACCACGAUCAAGGGUCAGUGGAUGCGGCAUCAGGAGCUCAGAAGCCCGCCAAUGCCGCAUCAGCAAACAUUCGCCCACUCGACAAAUCCACUCGAGGCGUCACGAUCCGUAUUCGAGAUCGUGGAGGUGGUAUCCCACCCGCCGCUUAUGCAAAGCUGUGGGAGUUCGGUUUUACCACUUUCAACGAACAGGAGAUUGUUGACAUCACUAGUGGAGGUACCAACGAUGGCGAUGGUCUGAAUGCUCUCUCAAAUGCUGGUGGUACUGAAAACAGCCUGGCGGGUCUGGGCUACGGCCUGAAGCUAGGCAGGGCGUAUGCCGAAUACUUUGGUGGCGGUAUAAGAGUACAGAGCUUGCUUGGCUGGGGUACGGAUGUCUAUCUCAGCUUGCGUGGCGUUGGGAAGAUCGACUAGACUUCCCGGCGAUCAUGACCCGCGAAUCAGUCGGGAUGUUUGAUCAAGAUACCUUGGAUGACUCUUCGGAUUGCAACAGCGGCAAGGCAGGAGAAAGUCGAGUCAG